AUGACAACGGCGACGAUGCUCCUCGCGCUGGCCGCGGCGGCGACGGCGCUGCCCGAGGACCACCCGACGUGCCUGGCGGCCUGCGCGGGCCUCUCCUGCGCCCGCUUCGCGCCGGCGACCUGCGCCAUGGUGGAGCGGGACCUCGGCUGCGCCUGCGCCGGCUGCGCCUGCCUCGGGCGGCGCCUCGCGGCCGCGGCCGCGUCCAACGACACGCUCCUCAACGAGACGCUGCUCAAUUCGACGGCCCUCAACGCCUCGGCGGCGUCGCCGGCCGCGGCGGACGACGACGACGACGACGGCGCGCCGGCGGGGUGGAGCCUCACGGGCACGUACGUGCUCCUCGCGGUCGCGGCGGCCGUCGCCGCGGCCGCCGCCAAGAAGCGCCAGGAGGGCCCCGUCGACGCGCGCGCCGUCGCGGGCUGCCUCGCGGCCGUCGCCGUAGCCGUCGCCGUCCUCCUCGGCCAGGGCGUCCUCGAGUACGAGUACGAGUUCCUCUUUGAUGCGGGCGCCAUGGGCAAGUUCGAGGGCCUCGUGCCCAAGGCCGUCCCCGACACGAUUCAGUCCAAGUUCUUCAAGAAGGAAAAUUAUCUGGGCGCCUGCGGCGAGGGCGAGUUCUCCGACGGGUUGGGGAUCUGGCUUUUCGUCGGGUUCUGGCCCUUCCUCAAGAACGCGCUCGUCUUCGGGGUCUGCGCGCUCGUCGGCCGCCGGGGCCGCGCGGCGUCCCUGCUCAAGGGCCUGGCCCUGCUGGGCAAGUGGUCGCUGGUCAAAGUGACGGCGGCGUCGUGCCUCUUCGCCAUGGUUAAUCUCGACAUCAAGGCCGUCCCGCCGCUCAACGUCCAGGGCUUCUUCGUCGCGCAGCCGCGCGCCGGCAUCCUCGCUUUGCUGAUCGGCGUGUUCGCGUCGCGGCUCCUGACCUCGGCCCUCGUCGCGUUCCCGCCCGGCGCGCCGGCGCCCAAGAAAGGCCGCGCGGCGCCGCCCGUCGUCGUCGACGGCGUGCUGCUCGUCGUGAGCCUCGCGGCGAUGGUCGUCGUCGUCGCCGGCCUCGCGCUGCCCUUCGUCCAGCGGAAGUGGGAGAUGACGUAUCACCUCGGGCCCGCCCUGCCCACGAUUCCCAUGGGCGGCGACGAGGGGACCUGGACCGCGUUGGGCCUACUGGCGGAGAGUUCCAAGGCGCCGAACGUGGCGAACGCUGGCCUCGCGGCGGGCGUCGCCGCCGUGCGCCGCCGCGCGGAAAUUGUUGUUUUGAUCGCCCUCGCCACGCGAUCGCCGCGACGCUCGCGUGAACCCACCAGGACGCCAUCGCCGCAACGCGCGGUUCGCACCGGCUUCGUACGCAGGUCCUCAAGGUCGUGUGCGUCUUCUUC